UCGUAUUAAAAGGAGGCAGAAAACUAAGAGAUUUUCAUAGUGGGAUCGCUCGCUCAUCAGAGUAAUAGCAUUAUGGCAUCAUUUAAUCGACAAAGAUGUCAUGUUGCAAUUUUAUUUCUUCUUCUAUCUUCCGCCAUCGGAUCUCCUUCAGGGGAUCUUAAAACGUUGAGGUCUCAAUAUUUAGCUCGAAGGGUAGAAUCAGGUACCGAAGCAAAUAUAACAUCAACUACAACUCUAGCUAAUCCAGUGGAAAUAACAACAACUGAAACUGCAUAUCAGACCGAGAAUUCAACUUUGGCCUACCCUACUACUACUAUCCAACCUUCGCCUGAUAAUCCAAUGCCAGAGAUGCCACAAGAAUCGCAGAAAUCUCGAAAUGGAGAACAGCAAAAACAGUUGAAUAAUAUUUAUCGUUCUGGGAACAAGACAAAUUUGCCGUACCAACCAGAUGUGUCCCACACACAUAGACCGGGAAGCAAGGGAAACGCUCCAAGAGAAUCGCCGCCACACGGGCCUAAUUGGGCAACAUCCACUCAGACCCCAGUGACUGCUGAAGCAGACGCAGAACAAUCUAUCGUGUCUGAAGGGAACGAAAUCUUUCGUGCUGAAGACUUGCUUACGCCACUUCCUCGCAUCGCGUAUUUUCUUGCGCGAUUGAUGAGUAUGUCCAUGCAAAAUCUUGACACAGCUUUCGGGGGAACUGUAAGAAAUCUGUCUCCAGUUGUUCAGUACGCCCACAGCUUCCGCACCACUCUGUUGCAGAUUAGUCAAAAGCUCAACAACGCUUUCUUAGUCUCCCUUACCAAUGCAGACCAGAUUAAAAUGCACAGUCUCUUUGUGCCUAGCAAAGUAAAAGAAGUCGCCGGUUAUUUGGAGAAAUUCGAAAAUUCCAGUCGAAUAAUCGAAUUUUUAUAUUUACCGCUGAAGAACUUGAAAGAGACCAGCGACCUGACUUUAAAUCUCUCCAGUCAAAUUGCCAAAGAGUUUGGAGAGUUGGUUUAUUUAGUCGAUGAGCUUGCUAAGUUUCUCAUUUCGUCCAAGUCAGACAAAGAGCAACAGUUGAAGAUUGCCUCCACUGAGAUAAAUUCGAGAAACAAUGAGAAGAAUAAAAUCGAGCAGGAGAUUCUUAUUAUUGAAAAUGAAAUUGAGCACUUGAAAGGGCAAACACGAUUAGAUGAAAAGUCAUUUUAUGAUACAAUAGAUGCCUUAAAACACUUGCAAGAGGACAAAUCUCAGUGUUAUUGGUACUGGCUCACUCGCAGUACGUAUUGUCCCCCACCUGAUCCUAAGCAAAUUCAGAAGAUCAAUCAGUCGCAAAGAAUUGCCAAAGGAAAACUAGAAAAUACGAUGAAAUCACUUCAUGCCAAAGAAGUAGAAGCCCAGAUAAAAAGAGAGGAAGAAAAUCAGUUAUUGAUCACAACCGAAAGCUUGAAACACGAAAUGCACCAACUUAAUGAAGACAUGCAGUUGCUUGGGAACACUAGCGACCCGCUCAAUCGGCUGAAGAAAAAUAAUUUAAAAAAACUGGACGUGAGUUGGAACAAAUUUCUCGCCAUUUGUAGAAACAUUCAAUUUGGUGCCAAGAAGAACCUUGAAAUUAUUGAAGAAGCAAAUCGUACCUCUACCCAUUGGAGCCACCAACAUUCCGAAAAAAUUUCGUUCAACUUGAACAAGACAAAGGAAGACUUGCUUUUGGUUAAAACCGUUAUCGAUAUCUACCUGAAUAAUAGUGAAGAUUUUGUGGAAAUUUUUGCAGAAGCGGAGCAGAUGAUGACGAAAAGAGAGAACCCAGGAGAACUAGAGCGUAGUCUUCAGGAAAAAUGUAGGAAGGCAAUUGAAGAAAUUAAAACAUUAACAGAAAGGAAUAAGAGACCAAUAAAAACCCAAACCCCGAAACAAAUUCAAAAAUCUGAGAAAUAUGUUUAAAUAUUGUGUCAUACGUUUUCCACUGUUGAUUGUUAUAAAAUAGGUAUGUGUAGCUUCAUAAAUAAAACUAUAGGCAAUUA